GUUCCCUUUCCCCAUGGUGCUGCGCCGGGCUGAGUUCAAUCUUCGGGUCCUUGAGACAAAGCUUCGUGGAAUGCCAUGGCCGAGCCAAGCAAGACGCCCAUCGUGGCGGUCUGGGUGCCCUCCACGCCCUCCGAGCAGCAGCUGCAGCGAUGCAACUUGCGGCACCCAGAGGAGGCGCCAGGCUGGCAGCCCCUCACGGACGGCCAACACAUGGGCCUGGUGACGCUGGCCAAACCUGCGGAUCGAGCUUGCCCCUGCGACGUGCUCAUCCAGUGCCGCAGCCAGGUGGACCUUCUCCUGCGCUCCCUUGACUCGAAGGCCGGCGAGCGCUUGCAGCGGUGGCCGGUCCAUGACCGUCGGAAGGACCUCUUCUACCGCUCUCUUCAGCCCGGGAUCCUCAUGGGCCCUUUGCGGUCAGCGGACAAGCUCUUCUGGCUGCAGACGGCAGGCCAACUUCCUCUGCUGGACCAGCUGAGGCUCGCCUUCGGGGAGGAUGUUGGCUUCAGCUUCGCCUGGCACGUGACCUACUUGGUUUGCUUGUCUUCCAUGGCAUUGACCUCCGGGAUCUUCACUGCGGUCACCUGGAGCGAUGCCGACGCCUACCGGGCGCUGAUGCCUGUGGUGUCCUUUCUGAUCGUGUCGUGGACCAUUGCGGUGACUGAGACCCAAUCAGCUGUCGUGCAGAAGUUGGAGUGCCACUGGCACAAGCUUCACCAGGCCACCCUCACAAGGGCAGAUGACACGGCCAGCACCGUGAGCUCGGAGCUGUCCUUCGCUUUUGGAAGGCCGCCGCCAUCCCUGGAUGCAAGGAAUGGGAGUUUUCCGGAGCGCCUGCGACUUCGGCCGCCAGAGAGUUUCACACGGAGGCAGUCCAGCUCCAAAAAGUGGAAGCAGCAGCGAUCCGCUUGCCUUUCCUGGCUGAAGCGCAACUUCAAGUUUCAGCUGCUUUGUGCACCAAUCCUCAUUCUCGAGUGGCUGUUCAUUUGGUCCUUCUUCUUGGGCUUCUUCUGGUUGCAACUCUGGACCACCUUCGAGUGGGGCGGAUGCCGGGAGUACAACCGGCACAGCGGCACGUUGGACUGCAUGUCCCCGGAAUUCUUGUACCCCGUCUGGGGCAAGGUCUUCGGCGCGGUGCCCUCCUUCGCCCAGGGCCUCGGCUUCGAGAUGGUCUCGGGGCUCUCGAAGAUGAGUGUCGACAUCCUGGUCUCCAUGCAGACCUGGCCAUCCCAGGACGAGAUGCGCUGCGCGGCGGCCACCUACUACUUCUUUCUGGAGGUGGUGGCCAAGUUGGGCUUCAUUUGUUUGCUGGGAUUUCUCUAUGUGCCGGACUAUGGCGCCGAUGCAUCCACUUGCACCCACCGCAUAGACUACUGGUUUCUGGGCGAUUGGUCCUUCAGCUGUCUGAAGGUCAAUGUGCCCCCGUUCCUGCGGCUGCAGCUGUUCAUCUCCUCGGUGAAGGGGCCUUUCCUGAUCUCCGCGUUGCUGGGCAUCUUCAAGACCACUUUGCUACCGAUCCUGAUCGAGAAGCUCCGGGCCUUCGAAGAUCGCGCCCAGCCGCUGCGGUGCCUGGUGAGGCUGUCCAUCUUCCUCCUCCGGCUGAUGAUGGUAGUGCUUUACUGCGACUGGAAUGCUCGAGGCGUGGGGGGCGCCGGGGCGCUCUGUGAGACGCCUCUCUGUCUCCAGAAAGAGCCCUGGGCGGCGGCCUUGCGGGAGGCGCAGCGCCGGGUUUUCGAACCCUUUGAGGAAUACGUUGAGCUCUUGUUGCAUUUCCUUUGGGUCUCGUGCUUCCUUGUGGUCUACCCGCUGGGCGGUGUGCUGGCGCUGGGCUUUCAGGCCUUGGAGUUGCGCUGUGACACUUUGAAGCUGCUGGCGGCGCGACGCCAGCCCUUCCCCCGCCAUGCGCGCCUGGCGCAGGUUUGGGUGCCUGUUUGCGCCAAGCAGAUCGUGCACAUCUCCAUUGUGAUGAAUGUGUUGGUGUUGCUUCUGCCCUACGCGCUCGCUGCACAAGGUUGCGACGGCGAUCUGAGCUUCAACGGCGGGUGCAUGGGGCCCACUGCGGCCUUGGCCAUUGCAGGUGUGGCGGUACUGGAGCUCUACUGGUAUGGCAUUCACUUUGUGCUCACGAGAUGCCAAAGUGAGCCAAAGCUGGACUGCAUCGAAGAGAGCCCAUGCGCCGACAUCGUGCCAGUGCAAAAGGUGGAGCUGAAGCUUCCAAAGGCGAAGCCGAAGUCUUGCUGCGACUGGAUGUGGCUGUGAGGCUUCUGUCCAUGUCGGAUGAAUCCGGACGGAGCUAAGUCCUCAGUUGUUCAGUGGCACCCUUUUUCCCCUUUUUUUGGUGGCUGCCCCA